AUGAAGACGCAGCCUCACAUGUGUCCUAAUUGCGGCGUCGCCACAACACCCAGGGUCCCCUCACCCCUUAAGACAAGCUUGGAUUUGGCCAAUACACCCAAAGAGGAAUUAGGUCGUCAUGGCGCAGAGAAAGUAGACAAACAGGAGACGAGACCCCGUGCUGUUAGUAUCAUCAUAGACAAAAGUAAUAAUAAUAAUAAUCAUCAUCAUCAUGAGGGGGGUAAUAAAUGUUUGCGUGCAUCAGAUUCCUCAUUUCCAUCUUGCAAGAAAAAUGGAUCCCAGAUGACGCUUACCGAGUGGCGGUACCGUGUUUGUUUAGAUCAGCUUGAAAAGGUCAGUGCCGAAAGGGACAUGCUUAAAGAGAAAGUUCAGGCCAUGGAAGAACAGCGAGUGCUGGGAGAGAGUACCAUCAGAGAACUUAUCGAAGAAAACAAAAAGCUUCAGGUCGCUGUUGAACAAGCGGAAGUACGUUUAGGUAUAACGGAAAUUGAACAACAGUCAAUUCUUGCAGAAUCACAACAAUUGCGAGUGAGACUGACUCGGUCGUUGCGGGAGUUGGAAAAGAGUAGGCAAUCUUCAAGCGGCGUGUGUCCGACGACUGAUAAGUCGACACCAGAUAAUUCUACUGGCAAAAAAACCCAAUCGGUUGGGGAUGCAGGUUUUUUUUCUUUAUUAUUACAGCCACGGGAAGGAGAACAAGAAGAAGUGUCUGCCAAACGUCUGUUCACAACAAUUCCAUACUCUUCGGUUUCUACACCAACUUUAGCACAAGUCUCUCCAGUAAAAAUAGUGGAAAAGAAUUCACUACAAACGCUUCAAAAUACCUUUGAGGAGACACCUUUGCUGAAAGAAGGUAUUUAUGAUGAUGAAAAGAACUCAUUAUUGGCAUCUAAUAGACGUUUAGAGGCAAGAUGUUGUCUCUUAGAAAGCCAACUACAACGCCUUCGUGAGCGUUUUCUUCUUCAAAACCGUUAA